GCCUAUCUGUAGACUACAUAAUACACACUCUUUCUGUACCUACAGACAUUGCUGUCUGACAGCCCCAAACACUGGCGCAGGAGACUACAAGAAUAGUUAUUUUCUACCUGCUAAGAACUGGACCAACACACAGCUAACGCUCCUUUCGGCUUCAUUUGAAGGUUGUUGUUCGGGUUUAACCUACCUUUGGCUGUAUCACCCCUAACCAACCCUAACCUCACCAGCACCGCCACGGGGACUUUACCAUAACCCUGAAGGGAAACGGGUCCUGCCGGUGUUCCUUCCCCAGGACAGCCUCUUUCUCCCCCUCCCCUCUCUAUCGCUUUCCCCCCUCUUUCAGCCCUCCCACACAGAUGCACCCCGCCGCCCAGCUCGACAGGAGCGAUGGGAUGUGUCAACUAGUAGAUGACACAGUCCUGGACCAUGUAAGGGAGCUGAAGGCGCAAUCUGCAGUGUUUCUACCGGAGAGAGCGACGGGGAGAGUGAGGGAAGAGGAGGAGCGAGGAAUGGGCAUGGGGAAGAAUAUCACCUCUAAGUCGAUGGAGGGAGAAGGGGCGAAGUAUGAGGAGGAGAACAAACACAGAGCAGACUUCUACCCCAUUCCGGUGGUGGUUAACGGAGUGGGACAGGCCGCUGGAGAGCAGGACACUGAAGACACUGAGCUGAUGGCCGUCUACACUGAAGAGAACCAGGGAGGAGAGAAAAGUUCCAUGUCGGAGACUUUGGACAGUGCAGACAGUAUGGACGCCAGGAGAAUGGACAUGAUCUACACCAUUGAAGACACUCCUCCCUGGUACCUGUGUAUAUUCCUGGGCUUACAGCACUACCUGACAUGUUUCAGUGGUACCAUUGCGGUGCCAUUCCUGCUAGCUGAAGCCAUGUGUGUAGGGUUUGACCAGUGGGCUACCAGUCAGCUCAUAGGAACUAUCUUCUUCUGUGUGGGAAUCACCACCCUGCUACAGACGACACUGGGCUGCAGACUUCCUCUGUUCCAGGCAAGUGCCUUUGCCUUCCUGGCUCCCGCCAGAGCAAUCCUGUCACUAGACAAGUGGAAGUGCAACGCUACAGUGGUUCCUUCCAUGUUCAACGAGACUGAGCUGCUCAACACUGAACACAUCUGGCAUCCCCGGAUACGAGAGAUCCAGGGGGCUAUCAUUGUGUCGUCUCUGAUAGAGGUGUGUAUUGGCUUCCUGGGGCUCCCUGGGCUCUUGUUGAAAUACAUCGGGCCCCUAACUAUCACCCCGACUGUGGCCCUCAUCGGCCUGUCUGGCUUCCAGGCUGCAGGGGAGAGAGCAGGGAAACACUGGGGCAUCGCCAUGCUGACUAUAUUCCUGGUGUUGUUGUUCUCUCAGUAUGCGAGGAACGUACAGCUUCCUCUACCCAUCUACAAGGCUAAGAAAGGUUGGACCUCUUAUAGAUUACAGCUCUUCAAGAUGUUCCCUAUCAUCAUGGCCAUCCUGGCCUCAUGGCUGAUUUGUUUUAUCUUUACCGUAACCAAUGUUUUCCCACCGGAGAAAGACAAGUACGGUUACUACGCCCGCACCGACGCACGCCAGGGGAUACUGGCAGCCGCACCCUGGUUCAAGAUCCCCUACCCUUUUCAGUGGGGUGUUCCUACGGUGACAGCGGCGGGGGUGAUUGGUAUGUUCAGUGCCGUGGUCGCCAGCAUCAUUGAGUCAAUUGGAGACUACUAUGCCUGUGCCCGCCUCUCCUGUGCCCCCCCACCCCCCAUUCACGCCAUCAACAGGGGUAUAUUUACGGAAGGUCUCUCCUGCGUGUUGGAUGGGCUGAUGGGGACAGGAAACGGCUCUACUUCCUCCAGUCCUAAUAUAGGCGUGCUAGGCAUCACUAAGGUGGGCAGCCGGCGUGUGAUCCAAUAUGGUGCUGCUAUGAUGCUACUGCUAGGGCUGGUGGGUAAAUUCAGCGCAUUGUUCGCCUCCCUGCCUGACCCUGUCCUGGGGGCACUGUUCUGUACCCUGUUUGGGAUGAUUACAGCUGUGGGACUGUCCAACCUGCAGUUUGUAGACCUCAACUCCUCCAGGAACCUUUUUGUUCUGGGCUUCUCCAUUUUCUUUGGCCUGGUGCUGCCCAGCUACCUCAAACAGAACCCUCUGGUCACUGGUAUAGUGUCGAUUGACCAGGUGUUGAACGUCCUCCUGACCACAGCCAUGUUCGUAGGGGGGUCAGUGGCAUUUGUGCUGGACAACACUAUCCCUGGUACGCCGGAGGAGCGAGGGAUCAGGAAGUUGAAGCGUGGGUCGGGACCCAGUACUGCGGAGCUGGAGGGGAUGAGAACCUACGACCUCCCGUUCGGCAUGGACUUCCUGCGCCGCCACACCGUCUUUCAGUACUUCCCCAUCAGCCCCACCUUCAGUGGCUACCAGUGGGGCGCGAUCCGCAAGGCCUGCAGACUUAGGGGGGGACGGGGUGGGGCAGGGAAGCCAGCAGAGAUGGAGGGAAUCACAGAUCCAGGGGAGAGCGGGGUAUAGCAGACUGGUAGAACCGGGCUGGAGGGAAGAGAUAUGGAGUUUGGUACCAUGGAAGGAAGGGAGGGGUGGAGGUUUUUGGGUAGCGUCAGGGCAGUGUGACAUGCUCAACCCUGUCUUGUAUGUAUGUGUGUCUGUAUAACACUGUCUAUGGCCUAUUCAUGCUGUUGUUAGCAUGUUAUACCAGUGUUGUUACCAGUGUCAUGAGCGUGUAAUAACAGAUGUCCUUAUAGGGAACGUUUCAGAUGGAGUUGCAACAUGCUCUUGUCUCUGCCUAGUAUGUGAGUGAAAGAGCAUAGGAAUGCCUUAGACAGCCCAUUAUUGAGGUCCCUCUCUUCCCAUUGCACUAUUUCUUCUAGAUCUUCAGUUAACACUUAUUUUCUCAGUUAACCUGUCUACAUCAGUCAAUCUGUCUACAUACAUUCCAAGGGGAAUGGUAAGAAAAGGUUUGUUCUCUGCUGUUUAACCAAAAUACUCCGAUGUAUUACACUCCCAGUGGCCUCUCUGUGUGUGUGCGUGCGUGUGUGUAUGCCCACCCAUGACAUUGUGAUGGGGUUGAGUGUGUCACUUGCGCUGGCACAUUUCUUGUUUCCGGACAGAUGGACAGAGACAGACAGACAGAUGGAUGGACAGUAUCUCGUUUACGGCAAAAGUUUAAAGCUGAAUGAUUGACACCUUACAGACCCAUUGAGAAUCAGACGCAGCUGGUCAGUCAGCCCUGUUUAGCAAACCUACACUUCCCACGGUGGUUAUGGGAAAUGUAGUCUCCUGUUGAAAGGGGAUUGGAUGGAAUUGAGGCUUUAUGAAAAUUCACAUUAGACCAAUAAUUGGCCUGCAUACUAAAUGUACACACACACACACAUACACACAGGCAAACACAAGCAAGGCAAGGUCAUGCAGAUACGGUUGAUGAAAGUGGUAGACCUUAGCCAUGCAAAGUGAUUGUGGUGUUCGUUUUACAUUAGAGUUAAUGCACAUUUUGUUUACUGGAACCUGCCCCUCUAUUUGGCUUCUAUUACGCGUUUAAGUCAAACACACAAUUAUGGCUGUUAUGGUGACCGCAUUAUCACAACACCGGCAGUCACAAGUCAUGACCGCAGUCAAAUUCCACGUGACCGCUGAGUCAUGGAAACCAAAACUGAGCUUUGAUGGUCAUUAAUAGCCUACCAAAUUUGCUAAAAGUCACUAAUAGCCUUGUACUCAGCGAUGUAUUGUCCCUCUAAUCACUCUGACAUCAAUGCAAAUGCAAUCAAAAAUUAAAUGAAACAAUUAAUGAGAGCCCUGGAAUUCAGAGUUGGAACGGAAUAGGAUCACCUUUGUGCAGCUAGAUAGAGCCAGCUCCUCAUAGCUCAACCUGAACUCAAGGGUAGACAUAACAUAGUAAAUGUCAAUACGAGACACUCCAUUUAGUAUGACAUGUUACAUUUCAUAUGGCAUGCAUUAAUUUGCUGUGAUAACCAUACCAAACGUAACAUAUACUAAUUACUGUCCCAGAAAUACGUUUACUACACAAGAUGACCAAAAGUAUGUGGAAACCUGCUCGUCGAACAUCUCAUUCCAAAAUCAUGGCCAUUUUUAUGGAGUUUGUCCCCCCUUUGCUGCUAUAACAGCCUCCACUCUUCUGGGAAGGCUUUCCACUAGAUGUUGGAACAUUGCUGCGGGGACUUGCUUCCAUUCAACAACAAGAGCAUUAGUGAGGUCGAGCACUGAUGUUGGGCGAUUAGGCCUGGCUCGCAGUCGGCGUUCCAAUUCAUCCCAAAAGUUUUCGAUGGGGUUGAAGUCAGGGCUCUGUGCAGGCCAGUUAAGUUCUUCCACACUGAUCUAGACAUUUCUCCAGAGAACGAACAGUUAUUGUGCUGACGUUGCUUCCGGAGCCAGUUUGGAUCUCGGUAGUGAGUGUUGCAACUGAGGACAGACAUUUUUUACGCGCUUCAGCACUCGGUGGUCCCGUUCUGUGAACUUGUGUGGCCUACCACUUCAGGGCUGAGCCGUUGUUGCUCCUAGACGUUUCCACUUCAGAAUAACAGCACUUACAGUUGACCGUGUCAGCUCUAAUAGGGCAGAAAUUUAACAAACUGACUUGUUCAAAAGGUGGCAUCCUAUGACUGUGCCACGUUGAAAGUAAUUGAGCUCUUCAUUAAGGCCAUUCUACUGCCAAUGACUGUCUAUGGAGUUUGCAUGGCUGUGUGCUUGAUUUUAGAAAACGGGUGAACUAGCCGAAUCCACUAAUUUUGGAGUGUCCACAUACUUUUGUAUAUAUAGUGUAUGUUAUGUCUAGUCUAUGAGACCAUGCUGCAUAGCUGGGGUUGUAUUUUUUUCCCCCACUACAGACGGCUAUACCGUUUCGGCUAUAUCAUAUUGGUUCGCUAAUACAAGACUAGGAAAAGACCCAGUGCACUACAUUUGUGAUUGUUAUAUAUACAGUACCAGUCAAAAGUUUGGACACCAACUCAUUCAAGGGUUUUUCUUUAUUUUUACUAUUUUCUACAUUGUAGAAUAAUAGUGAAGACAUCAAAACUAUGAAACGACACACAUGGAAUCAUGUAGUAAGCAAAAAAGUGUUAAACAAAUAAAAAUAUGUUAGAUUCUUCAAAGUAGCCACCCUUUGCCUUGAUGACAGCUUUGCACACUCUUACCAUUCUCUCAACCAUCUUCCGCUGGAAUGCUUUUCCGACAGUCUUGAAGGAGUUCCCACAUAUGCUGAGCACUUGUUGGCUGCUUUUCCUUCACUCUGCUGUCCAACUCAUCCCAAACAAUCUCAAUUGGGUUAAGGUUGGAUGAUUGUGGAGGCCAGGUCAUCUGAUGUAGCACUCUAUCAAUCUCCUUCUCGGUCAAAUAGAACUUACACAGCCUGGAGGUGUGUUGGGUCAUUGUCCUGUUGAAAAACAAAUGAUAGUCCCACUAAGCGCAAACCAGAUGGGUUGGUGUCUCACUGCAGAAUGCUGUGGUAGCCAUGAUGAUUAAGUGUGCCUUGAAUUCUAAAUAAAUCACAGACAAAUGUCACCAUCACACCACUUCCUUCAUGCGUCACAGUGGGAACCACACAUGCGGAGAUCAUCCGUUCACCUACUCUGCGUCUCAUCAAAGACACAGCGUUUGAACCAAAUAUCUCAAAUUUGGAAUUCAGACCAAAGGACAGAUUUCCACCGGUCUAAUGUCCAUUGCUCGUGUUUCUUGGCCGAAGAAAGUCUCUUCUUAUUGGUGUCCUUUUGUAGUGCUUUCAGCAAUUUGACCAUGAAGGCCUGAUUCACACAGUCUCCUCUGAAUAGUUGAUGUUGAGAUGUCUGUUUCUUGAACUCUGAAGCAUUUAUUUGGGCUGCAAUUUCUGAGGCUGGUAACUCUAAUGAACUUAUCCUCUGCAGCAGAGGUUACUGGGUAUUCCUUUCCUGUGGCGGUCCUCAUGACAACCAGUUUAUCAUAGCGCUUGAUGGUUUUUGCGAUUACACUUGAAGAAACUUUAAAAGUUCUUGAAAUGUUCCAGAUUGACUGACCUUCAUGUCUUAAAGUAAUGAUGGACUGUUGUUUCUCUUUGCUUAUUUGAGCUCUUCUUGCCAUAAUAUAGACUUGGUAUAGACCAAAUAGGGCCAUCUUCUGUAUACCACCCCUACCUUGUCACAACACAACUGAUUGGCUCAAACACAUUAAGAAGGAAAGAAAUUCCACAAAUAAACUUUUAACAAGGCACACAUGUUAAUUGCAUUUCAGGUGACUACAUCAUAAAGCUGGCUGGGAGAAUGCCAAGUGUGCAAAGCUGUCAUAAAGGCAAAGGGUGGCUUCUUUGAAGAAUCUCAAAUAUAAAAUAUAUUUUGAUUUGUUUAACACUUUUUUGGUUACUACAUGAUUCCAUAUGUGUUAUUUCAUAGUUUUGAUGUCUUCACUCUUAUUCUACAAUGUAGAGAAAUAGUACAUAUAAGGAAAACCCUUGAAUGAAUGGGUGUGUCCAAACUUUAGACUGGUACUGUAUAUAUUUUCUAAAAUAAAAUAAUCAGAUUUCUUUCCACACCCUCAGCACCCCUAGGCCUAUAGGCAUGCAUUAUUUUGCAACUUUUUCAAAUCAUAGUUGCAUGUAUCAUGUAGCCUAGCCCAUAGAAUAUAUGUUUUGAGAAGGUUUGUCUCACAACUAAAGUGGCCAAAUAACUCUAUAUCAUAGCCUAUAGCCCUUGGAUCCCUGGGGCCGGGUUGGAGAGCCCAUAGCCUACAGACACUAUAGUGAAACAUGUAUUCUUAUAAACCCAGUCAUCGUGUGUGAAAGCAGAGUUUGCUAUUCGAGUGCAGGCUUCGUAUUACAUGUUGAUUUUUAGUUUUUUUUUUUUUGUGGGCCAUUAAUUUCAAAAUAAUUCCACACAUUUAUCAUAUGUGAAAGACCAGAUGAAAUUGAAAAUAGUCUGAUGGGUGAGAAUAUUAUCAAGUGCUUGACAAAUUGCGAAUGAGAGACGGAUGAAGUGUGUGCAGCCUGCGCAAGAAACAGAGCAGAGCGCAUGCCUUUCAUGCAACCUUUUUCAAAUCAUCAUUACAGCAUUUGUCAGCCUUUGGCUAUAUGUUUUGAUUUCUAAUACAUUCCAAGGUUUGUAUCACAACUACAGUUGCAUAAAUAACUCUAAAUGAAGCAUAUAGGAGGACUUGUUUCAAGUUAUCACUUUGUUAACCGCUCAACACAGAAUAGGGAGUGCAACACGUGUGCACUCCCUCGGACAUCGUUUUGGGGAAAUAUCCAUUCUAUUUUAUUCACCUAUGUUCAGUUGUAUUCUUCUUACUAUGAAAUAAUAUUAAAUAAUUCCACAAGAAUUCUAAGCAAAUCUUGUGUGUUAAAUGAACUAGUCCCACAGCCAUAUGGCAUAGCCAGAUCAGGGGCGAACAUAAGGAUGACUCAGAAUAUACUAUUCUGUUCUUCUGAAAUAGGCUACAUCUUCAUAUAAUUUCUUUAGACCUGCCUAAAAUAGGCUAUAUUACAUGGAUUUAUACAACUUUUGAAAAUGUAGAUGUUCCAAAGGUCCACAUCAGUGGCUUGUAGACUAUGCGUUGAAGCCCGGAGAUGCUAAACGUGUUUAUGUUAAUUAAAGGUCAUUUUAACGUGAACCCAGCAAUUAUUUGCAUGGCAGUUAGGCUGACAAAAUUGCAUGACUGCCACUGCCCUACACACAACACAACAGAUCUCCCAACAAACUGUCAAUGUCCUGCACUGAACAGGGGGCCCGGUCCCAAAUCAACCUCUAGUCCUGGACACUUCUCCUAAGUCCCCUAGUCCUGGACACUUCUCCUAGUCCCCUAGUCCUGGACACUUCUCCAAGUCUCCUAGUCCUGGACACUUCUCCUAGUCCCCUAAUCUUUGGACACUUCUAGUCCCCUAGUCUUGGACACUUCUCCUAGCACCUUAUUCCUGGACACAUCUAAAUGCCCUCUCAUAGAUCUGAAAGAACUAGAAUGGAUGUAUGGAAAUAUCAUGGUAACAACCCUCCUGAAGGGUUAGUUGAAGCUAGUAGGCCACCACUUGUGAUUACACCUGUCUGGUUCUUUCACAUCCAGGAAGGGCCAUGAAGAAGAGUCUAGUCCAUGGGCAUGAGCUAGUGCUGGGGAAGAGGGCUUGAUUUGGGACUGGAAAUGAGGGUCAAAAUCGAUAUGUUCACCCAGUCAGCUUGCAGGCCUUACUGUGUCAGUAUUAUCUUUCGCAUCUUUAACUACCACCACCAAAAACCAGCUCUCUCAUGAACGCGUACUCCCUCAUCCAGCUGCUGUUAUUACAACUGGAAUUUCAAGGUUGACUUAUAAGCUGCUUGUAAGACAUUAUUGAAUAGUUUAACAAGUAAUAACUAUUUGUAAGUCAUUGCUGUAAGUAAGUUGUUCAUGUAUUUAUUAACUUGUAAGGAUCUAUAAUCAGAUAAAUAACAAGCAACAGGCUAUAUACAAUCUAAUGGUUAACCAACUGUGUAAUAAUGUUCAUAAGCAGUUCAUAAGCACACUUUCAAAAGCAUUCAUACUUUUUUUUAUAUAUAUAGGCUACAAACGCUUUAGCACGAAGCAGAAUGCACUUGGAUUUCUAGUUGUGCGAUCACACCAUUGUUUUUCAAAUGUAGCCAUUUUUUCUAACUCACUGAUAUCCUUAAUUUUGCCAAUGUGUGUUGGAUGCAUACUUAGACUAGUGUUUGGGUAGUGUUUGUCAGCACAUGCAUGGGGGCCACUGCCCAGGCCACCGCCUGAGUAAAGAUCAUGCUAUGAUUAAGGCUUAUGUUCAGAGUAACACCCGUGCAGGGUUUGCAGAGGAAGGAAGAGGAGAGACGCUCCACAGAUUUAGCUAGGCAAAUGACCAGAAAAAAACGUAUGUACCCAGAUGCCUGACUGAAAGUGAGAAGUAGUGAAAGAAAAGAGAGGUGGUUUUUAAAGUGCCAAUCGCAUCCCUGAUUUCUGUCCUGCCCUCUGCUCUGUCCUACUCUGCUACAGAUGUCAGGUGGUCUACUGUUCUGUUCAAGUGAACAUGUUUGAUUUACAGACACGGCACCAUAACAGUAUCUUCAGGUUUAAGGGUGUGUAAUGGAGGGAUUAUUUUAAAAUGUUUAUAGGAGAGGGGUUGUGGCUGUAUUAUUAUUAUUAUUAUAUCUUUUAUUUUUCAAUGGCUCAUAGACUGUACAAUCUUAUCCUGCACCUAUUAAUUACUAUUAUUGUUAUGAUUGUUACUAGAGCCAUUGUUCAUAUUGUGUAAUCCCCCCCCCCCCCCCCCCAAAUCCUCUCUCCAUCCCUCGUGUGGUAGAAUGUUUCAGAAGCUGGGGUCAAGUUCAUGUCAAUAAUUCACAACUGAGGGUGCAUCAGAAAUGGCACCCUAUUCCCUAUAUUAUGCACUGUACUGCAUAAGGGAUAGAAUGUCAUUUGGGACAAACUUAGUGUGAUUGACAUGGGGGCGACUUUUUGGAACCUCUGCUAUGUGUGUUUGCACUGGAGUGCUGUGUGUUACUGUGUGAGCCAUCAUCCAUAGAAAACCAAUGGUUGACUGUUGAGGUAGGGUUGAAUUGAGACUCCUUCUGGCCAGUGUGGUUGACUAUCAUAAGCCUACAUGAGACUUAACAACAUGAACAAGAUGCACAGUUUCAGACUGAACCAAAAUGCAAAAGAAGCACCUAUCCUUUCUUCAUUCUUUCUCAAACUAUUUCCCUUGCUCUUCUAUUUGCUGCACCAAAACAAUGAGCGUGGGAGUAGUCACUGGUUCAGAAAUGCAGACAUUUUUAAAAUGUUAAGUAACAUUUCAGAUUUACUUUGUUUUAUCUUGUUGAUUAUUUUAUUUAGUUAUGAUUAGUAAGAAAGUAAUUGUUUAGUGAAAUUUAUGUGACGAGUAUUUGUGUGCCUUAUGCACAAUGUCAAAGAUAUUUAUCAGUUUAGAAUUGACUUGUUCUGGCCCUAUAAUCAUUUUCAGAUUUUCCGUUGUUGCAGAGAGAUCAUGAUAGUGUUAGUCUCCACAGGCAGCAGGUUGAACUGGACAUGACUCCGUUAGGCCCUCGAACUAGACCUGGAGGUGUGAGGGGAAAAGGAGAACACCUUGAACAUUCUGCUCUAAACAGACUAACUAUAGUCAGGGUGUGGAGAGAAGAGGAUAGCCAAUGGUUUUGUACCAAUGUUUGAUAUGGCAGCAUGCUUGGUACUGCCUUCCUCUUCUCUGAUCCGUAGAGCUAGGAACAGUGGAUAGAUGGAAUAGACCAGUCCUUCAACUUGCUCAACUACCCCCCCCCCCCCCCCCCCCCCCCCCCUCCACGCCUGCAGUGCAAAUAUGGUGUCUGUGUCCUCUCUGUUUAAGUGUGCCUGUUUUCGAGAGAGAGAAUGUCUGAAAUAGCAUGUUGUCCACUAGGGGAGUAGAGUGUUAUUUCAGCUUCAGCCCAUAGACCACCUCAGUUGAAGCCAAUGCCUCACCUCUGUACGAGCUUUAACUCAUUCUCAAUGUUAAAAACCAUGCCCCACGAGCCAGGUCAAGGUAUGGCCAUGUCUAUGACACAAAUAAAUAUAUCCCUUUCAGUUAUUUUGAAGGGGAAACUACCUGAAGAAUAUACAUUUCUCUUUCUCAAGUGUUUUAUCUUUUUAAAGUUUUUUUUUUUUUAAUACAUCGUUAUGUUUAUUACAGACAAAUGUUUGUAAGAAAAUAAAUCAUGCAUUUUAAUAUUUUGUCAUGCUGCAAAGUGCACCAUUUAUUACAUUUUUAUUUAAUUAAAAUAAAGAAUACAUUUCUUUCUAUUUUUAAUCUGUAGUUUGGUGGAAUACUUUUGCUAGUUAGAAUUUUUUAAAUAUUGUAUAUUUCCAACAUUGCUUCCUGUUAUCAUGUUAAUAAAGUGUUCAUGCAAAUUGAGAAACACCUGACAAACUUUAAACAGAUGUCAAAAUAUAUACAUGUAUUACAUUUACAUUUAAGUCAUUUAGCAGACGCUCUUAUCCAGAGCGACUUACAAAUUAUGUAUAUUGAAUUGAGUAGACUACAGUGUGCGGACAACUUCUGGACCAGGCAUUGUGUAUACUAAUAGUAGCAACAAAAUGUUAUAUUCUUUGUUCCUUAAACUAUUUAAUAAGAUGUUACAAAAUUAA